AUGGCUUGUGUUUGUGCAGUGUUUACUGCCGUUGAACCCUUGUUCAAUGUUGAAGGGGUUUACUUGAUUAUAAAAUAUAAGUUCAGCCUCUUCGCUACCAUAGCAACUGAUUCAAGCAUUUCAGAGUACACAAAUUGUUCAUAUUCUCAGAUUAACCAGAAGAUGUCCGAUAAUAUUGUUGUGUCUUCACUUAAUAUGGAACUUAUGGAUUGCCCAAUAUGCUGUGAACCCUUAACAACUCCAAUUAUUCAGUGUGAAAAUGGGCAUGCAACAUGCAACGCAUGCUCGGAGAAGACUCAAAAGUGCCAUUCUUGCACCCUGCCUAUCGGGAGAAUGAGGAACCGGAUUCUGGAAGAUGUUGCUGAGUCUUUGAGAGUUUGUUGCGCGUUCAAGAAUUAUGGAUGCCCAGAAACUGUUAGGUACCCCGAUAAGAUCAACCACGAAAAGUUAUGUUCUUUUAUAGAGUGUUCAUGCCCCAUUGAAGUUUGCAAUGUCAAGGGAACAUCUGAAAUGAUUUAUGCUCACUGUAAAGUGAUGCAUAAAGAUUUUGUGAAGCCGUUUGUUUUUUGUCGUAAAUUCCAUGUUUCUGUCCGGCUGAAUGAUAAUUGUUUUAUUCUCCAAGAGGAUAACACCGACAUUGUGUUUAUUCUGAACAACACAAUUUGUUCUUAUGGGAAUAUUCUUACAAUGUGUUGUCUUGGACCGUUAGCAACUGGAUGCUGCCCUUAUGAAAUUGAAGUGAAUGCCAACUCAAGUCACAAGUUUCACAGUGCUACCCAGAACAUUCAAGGCACCAUCAAUUAUUAUCGUUCUUUUUCAGGUUUCCUUCUUGAUAGUGACCACAAAUUUUUCGUUGACGGUAUGAUCAAGAUGGAGUUUUGUGUUUAUCGCGCACUAGAGCUUGCUUAA